AUCAAAAGGAACUCAAAGAGUGCAAGUUCUAUUAAUUUCUGAGAAAAUGAAACAUUUUUUGCGUACAUAUGAUUCAUUUUCUAUGCAAGCCGAAUCAGAUCCUAGUAUUAAAUCUUCAUCUGAUGGCAGCGAUUCCCACGAAUCUGCUUUAAGCUGCCAAAAGGAUACAUCAGAUGACACGUUUGAACAUUCAGAUACUCAUUCUAUUAAGCCUAAAAAAAGAAUUCGACUUUAUCACCGUACUCAUGCUCACAGAAACCCCUUGUCCGAUUCGCUUAGCAUGCAAUAUCCUAUAAAUCCCGACAUGAUGGACUGGCCAAAAUAUUACCCUUUUGUCUGGUCCCAAUAUCAAAAACAAACAGACAAUCAGCUUUUGCCGCCACGAGUUGAGAUGGCCGAUAUUGGGUGUGGAUAUGGAGGACUUUUAAUUGCUCUUAGCCGACUCUUUCCAAAUCGACUGACCCUCGGCUUAGACAUCAGAACCCGCGUUUUAAAAUAUGUAGAUCAAAGACUGGAGGAGUUACGUAGCACGACGUAUAAUAGCUUGGAUGAGGUACCGUUGACAGGUAAUUUGCACCCACUUUGUACUAUAACCGAGCCCAUUUAUGGCCCCUCAAACGCACCCGAUUCCCAUACGUAUUUCCAGGCGCCGGCUUUCCCCCCGUACCAUAAUGUUGCUGCAAUUGAGACCAAUGCAAUGAAGCAUUUGCCCAACCUCUUUCAUAAGAGACAAUUAGACAAAAUAUUUUUUUUGUUUCCAGAUCCUCAUUUUAAAAAGGCAAAAUACCGCCUCAGAAUUAUCAAUUCCAUGCUAUUGGAUCAGUAUGCUUAUGUUCUAAGAGAAGGCGGGUAUGCAUAUAUUGCAACAGACGUCAAAGAUUUAUACGAUUGGAUGGAACGACAUUUUUUAGAACACCCACUUUUUGAAAAGGUAACUGAACAAGAACUAUGCGACGACCCGGUUAUCAAUUUGAUUCCAAAUUCGACGGAGGAGAGCAGAAAGGCGAAAAAGCAAAACAGAAGCAUAUUUUACACUGCCUUUAAAAGAAUUCCUUACGAUGGCAAAAAUCAUGCAGUCUAUAAAUUCUUUGAAGUUGACUAAAGGAAUUCAUGCUUUAAGGCAGCGCUAACAUGCACAAUUAAAAAAUAAAAACAGUCAACAGAAAGUGUGGCCAUAAGAAUAGCACACGAUUUGGCCUAAUUCCGUGGAAGUGUGUUUAUUCAGUAAUAAAACGUUAGAUGUGCGUCCCUUAAAACAAGAUUCAGACUGACAAAUAAGCCAGAUCUUAUCGAAUUCUUAAUUCUUAGAGCAUAACAAGUUGACUAUUCUCGGUGCAACCGUUCUUACCUAUCUACUAGAAGCUUGGUAACGUCGUGAAUGUUCUGUUGAAUACUUUGUACCGAAUUCUUACGCUUUUUUGAUGUUCGUUGAGCUGCGACCUCUGAAGCGUAAGACAGAAUGACAAACUGAAGAAGUUCA